GGCGGGGUUAUACAAAUAUGGCGGGACUCUUGUUGUAGGCAGGCACGUGUGGACGAUUCUGACAUUCGCUACCGGAAAUAUGAAUGAAAUGUAUUAAACGCGCCAAAAAUAACGUCAUUUUGUGUCGUGUCACACAUUAUUAGUCGUGUAUAACACUUUGAUCUGUGGAGAAUAUUGUGAAGUGAUACUUCAUAAAUAUCCGAGCCGUGGGUGUAAGCCAGGGACAAUAGUACGCGCCAUUGAUCAUCAGGACGUGUAACUUAAAUGUGUGGAAACUCGAAAGAAAAAUCAUCAGCGAUGACAUCAGAAAAACCUCCAUUACCUGCUGAUGAUAACCAGCUGGAGGAGGCUGACCUGGGUUUAGGGACCGAGCAGGGGGUCCCCGUGGAGAUAGCCAGAGAUGGUUGGGACAGUAAAGUGGAAUAUUUCCUUGCUCAGGUCGGAUUCAGUGUGGGGUUAGGAAAUGUUUGGAGGUUCCCGUACCUUUGCCACCAGAAUGGAGGAGGAGCUUUCAUCUUGCUCUAUGUGGUGUUGAUGGUGCUGGUUGGCGUGCCGUUGUUUUUUCUGGAGUUGGCCGCAGGGCAGAGCAUCAGACAGGGCAGUAUUGGCGUCUGGAGACACAUUUCUCCCAAACUUGUUGGCAUUGGAUACUCCAGCUGUGUGGUGUGUUCCUUUGUGGCGCUGUAUUACAAUGUAAUCAUUGGUUGGAGUAUCUUUUACCUCGGAAGUUCCUUCCGGUAUUCUCUACCUUGGCAAGACUGUCCAAAAGAAGGGAACGUCACUGUGAAAGAAUGUGAGGCCAGCUCUCCAACAUCAUAUUUUUGGUAUCGUAAGGCUCUGGAUAUCACUGAUUCUAUUAAUGAAACGGGCGAGUUUAACCUCAUCCUCACUGGAUGCCUGCUGGCUGCUUGGGUCAUGGUUUGCCUGGGAAUGUACAAGGGCAUUAAAUCUACCGGCAAGGUGAUGUAUUUCUCCUCCGUGUUUCCAUACGUGGUGCUGCUGUGUUUCCUGAUCAGAGGGUUGACGCUGGACGGGGCGUCAGAGGGCAUUAAAUUCAUGUUUUACCCCCGACUGGAGAUCUGGGGCGACGUUCAGGUGUGGCGUCAGGCGGCGACUCAGGUCUUCUUUGCUCUUGGUUUGGGUUUCGGUUCUGUGAUUGCAUAUUCAUCGUACAACCCGAGGAACAACAACUGCCACCGCGACGCCUUCACAGUGUCCGGUGUCAACUUCAUGACGUCUGUUCUGGCCACGCUGGUGGUGUUUGCCGUGCUGGGCUUCAGAGCCAAAACCAUCGCCACAGACUGUGCCAAAAGUAAUAUGAAAGCCGUGUUAGAGGCGAUGUCCGCCUCCUCCCUCUCCGAUCUUCACAUCAAUGCAUCGGCUGUGGAGAACAUCACACUUCCUCAGUAUGAAAUCUGGUACAGAGAUCAGGGACACCAGUUCAACGUCUCCUCCUGCAGUCUGGAGGAUGAAAUGAAAAAGGGUGUCGAAGGAACAGGUCUGGCGUUCAUUGCGUUUACCGAAGCGAUGACGUUGUUUCCCGGCAGUCCAUUCUGGUCGGCACUUUUCUUCCUAAUGCUGCUCAAUUUGGGUUUGUCCACCAUGUUUGGAAAUAUGGCUGGAAUUAUGACCCCAUUAACAGACACUUUUAAGACGCUACGCAAACGCAAACUGCUCUUUACAGUGUGCAGCUGUACAGUGGGCUUUCUGAUUGGUUUGAUAUUCACUCAGCGCUGUGGGAACUACUUUGUAAUGAUGUUUGAUGAUUAUUCUGCUACUCUUCCUCUCAUCAUCGUCGUCAUCUUUCAGACCAUCAGUGUGGCCUGGGUGUAUGGAGCAGACAGGUUUUUAGAGGAUUUAAAGCAGAUGUUGGGGCGUCCAAUUCCAGUGGUGUACAAGUAUCUUUGGAAGUACGUGUGUCCGAUUGCCAUGCUGGGACUUUUGGGUGCCAGUCUGCUUAAGAUGUUCCUACAGCGGCCCACGUACACCGCUUGGAAUAAAGAAAAGGCGUCUGAGGAACAUCUUCCCUAUCCUGGUUGGGCGCUCGCCGUCCUGUCGUUUCUCAUUAUUGUUGCAUCACUUCCUGUUCCUGUUGGAUACCUACAUUUCAUUGUGGUAAAACGGCUCGGUCAGUCCACUUCAGAUGCCGAGACUGGAUACAUGCCCUGUGCCACCACAGACACGGACCUGACCCCACUCGGCACAUCUGCACUUUUGGUAGAUAACCCAAAUUUGCGUUUGACUGAGGAAAACACUAGAUUUCUUUCUCAAAACGGACACGUGGAAAGUAUGGAAUUAAGUGCGUUAUGAGAGAGAGCAAAACCAAAUGUGAACGUUACAAACAAGUUUACAAACAUCUUGGAUGGAUCAAUUUUACUAAAAGUAUCAAUGCCACGGUUUAAUUUUGAUACUUGCAGACGUUCUUACAUGGGAACAGUAAUCGUUUUUAAAGAACAGUUUGUCCACAAAAUGAAUGGUUUGUCACCUUGGUCGUGUUUUAUGUAGAACUGUAGAUAUUUAUCAGUAUGUCUGUUGUGUAUGCAAUAAUUUUCCAAAUCUGACAUCUGUGAUAAUACACAACAGUGUCUUUGUUUACAUACAGGAAUGCAACUACAUUUUUGGUGACAGACGUUUUAUUUUCUGGGGUGUCUUUGCCUUUAAAAGUAAAAACAAUUACAUGCUUCAGGUAGGACCAAAUUAACAUCUAAACAACUUGGGCACACUAUGGUCUGAUAGUCAUGCACUAUAGGUCUUUUCUCUUGUGUAAAAGUGUUUUUUAGAUAGAGAAACUCAUUGCGUUAUUGUGAAUAUGAAACAGAGACCAACAUGGUUGUUCCUAAAAUUAAUAUAUAGUAUUCAGUGCCGUUAUUUAAAUGAGUUUGUAAUUUAAACAUUGUAAAUUAUCUUUAUUAUACAAAUUUAAAGCUGCAUAUUUGGUAAAAAGAAAUCUACAGCUGGUAAACAAUAGUCCCUUUCACACAUACAGUCUUUACUGGUAAUUUACUGGUAAAUUGCAGUUAACAGAUCAUGUGUGAACAGAACCUUUCCGGUAAAUCAGUGCUCCCAAUUUACCAGUAAGACAGGUUGUAAGAUUACCAGUAAUUUACCGGUAAGCACUACUGUGUGAACGAAAAUUAUAGGAUUACCGGCAUUUAGAACGGACGACGUCAGACCGUGCUGACAGCUUCGGGCCAAUCAUAGCGUUUUAAUACAGAUGACGCGUUUACCCCCGCAGUGUUUACUGACGUUUCCACACACAUGCUGCUUGAAAGUUGAGCACACCUGCAGUUUACGUCCACAUUUCUUCACCAAAGUUGUUAAAAACAGCUGACCGCCGAAUUGCCGACAUCCUUAGCACGCCCUCUGUGAAGCCUAAAGUGCAAACAGUACUGUUGUUAAAAACGCAUUUUCGGUUUGACGUCGUCUCAUUCAAUGUUGUUUGGUCAUGAGCAUCUUCGCGACUGUUUACCACAGACGUGAAAACAACAAAAUACGGACCGUGGAUAUGAACGACAUGGAUUGUUUACAAGUACAACACUGAGCUCGCCGCGUGCUACAGGUACUUCCGCUUUCUCAACGAAUUUACCGGUAUUUUGAUACUGAUGUGUGAAUGAUGUCUUACUGGUAAAAUAACGGAACGCCACUGCGUAUGUGAACAGCACAUUUUUGUAUUUACUGGUAAAUUCAUUCUGGUAAAUUCAUGGUAAUUUACCAGAAUUACUGUGUGAAAGAGGCUAAUAACUUGCAUGAGACAUAAAUCUCAAACAUCAGAGCUCAGGUCACAAACUACGGUCUUUUGUGACAACUGUCAAGAUGUGUAUGGUUAUAAAACAAAAGAAAAAAUAGUUUGCACUUGUUUAUAUUUUUGGGAUAAAAUAUCCCUGGAUGUUUCUUUGUGAGAUCAACAAAAUGUGUAUUACGUUUUUAUGUGUAUUGAUUUUGUUUAUAUUCUGUAACAUUUUUGCCCGGUUUCACAGACAAGGGUUAAGGUUGGUUCCAGACUAAAAUUCAUGUUUGAGCUGUCUUAUCUGAAAAUAACUUGCCCUGAUAUAUCUUAAAAUAUGUCUGUCAUUGUUUUGUCUCAAGAUGCUCACUGAUAAUGUUUAUUUUUUUAAUAUAAGUGACUUAAAUAUCUUAAUUUAAAUAAGACCUAGUCCUGGCUUAGGCUAAGCCUUGUCUGUUAAACCAGGCUUUUGUUAGUUUUUGCUUUGGUAUGAACAAACAUCUGAUAUUUUUCUGAGGUUUUUAUGCAUUUCCAGUUGUGUAAAAAUGUUUAGAUGCUUUUCACUUCUGGUUUUUAAUGAAGUAUUUUUUAUGCAAAAUGUUUUUGGUCAAACUUAAUUUGUGCAAAGUUAUCUGUGGCCUGCUGAAAAAAGCUGUUUUUUUAUAAAUGAAUUGCUUUUUAUUAACCCCAAAUUAUCUCUCUCAUCCAUGUUUCUAAGAGGUCUCAUCUGGCCUGUGUGUCAGACAGAUUUAUGGCUUAUAGUCAUUGUAAAUUAUGAUCUUUGCCUCUCACAGGGGUAUGAUGGCUUUUCUAUGUUUUUCUUUGUGCUUGUAUAGUAGAUUGAACUCAGUUUGUAUGUAGUUUGUUCUGGUGAGUAAUAUACUGUUAGUUUUUCCUCAUGUUCUUGAUAUUAUGAACUAGAAGAAGGUACAUGUCUUUGGCAUCACUGUUAAAUGCUGGAGUUUAUUUUCAGUAUUUCUUCCUGCUUGCCUUUUUUUCCACAUGACAUUUGCGUUAAUGAGAAAACAAUACAAUUCCAACUUUUCUUUAUGUAGGUUUAGAUGUCAGAUCAUGUUAGACAAACAAGUUUUUUUUUGAUUGGUUGUUUUAUGAUACUUAUUUCAUUGUUUUGUUUGUAAGUUUAUUUGACCUCAUGGAAAUUAUCUCCAUGAAGUUGGUAUACGUGUUGAUAAUUUAUUGAUCAUUUCAUUCUUUGUAUGUACAGCGUCCCAAAGCCUGAGAAAGGCACUUAAUAAAUAAAUAAAACAAUUAUAAUAAUGUUGGUACCCUA